AUGGCCAAACCCCCUGUCCUUCCUGGCCAGGUAACUGACCUCCCUCUUGAUGAGGUUCAGCCUGUUCCCCCACAACAUGCGGAAGAACAGCGCAAACAUCCGAGCAUAAAGAGACCUGGGCAAAAGAAAGAUGUUACUGACGUAGCCGAAUACAGUCAGUACAUGGGUUUUGAUCAGUUUCACCCGUACUCCAUAGGUCAGUUUCCACCGAUGGCUCUCCUCCACCUUGCGGGAAGCUAUGGCAAGCUGUCGGACCAGUUCCUGAGAGCCAGAUCCCCUGGUCCGAACACCACUCCCAGGAUUUUAAUUUCAGACUGGGCCCGUGGGAAACCAUCUGGAAGAGAGAACUGGUCCCCCUCCUUCCCACAUCAGAAAACUCCGCUCUUGUCCCUGUUGAUACACGAGGUUGAAGCGACCGAGUAUGCUAGAACUAACUCAUCCACCACCGUGGAAUCCCGAGUGUCGGAGACCACGAUGGAGAUGUCAUCAGCGUAG